AUGGUUCGAGAGAAAAUAACAGUAUCUACUCGGACACUACAGUGGAAGUGUGUUGAAUCAGCAGCAGACAGUAAGCGUCUUCUUUAUGGGCGCUUUAUUCUGUCUCCGCUUAUGAAAGGUCAAGCAGACACAAUAGGCAUUGCUAUGCGAAGAGCUUUGCUUGGAGAAAUCGAAGGAACAUGUAUCACACGCGCAAAAUCUGAGAAAAUAUCACACGAAUAUUCUACCAUAAUGGGUAUUCAAGAAUCAGUACAUGAAAUUUUAAUGAAUUUAAAAGAAAUCGUAUUGAGAAGUAAUCUCUAUGCAACUUGUGAGGCGUCUAUUUGUGUCAGGGGCCCCGGAUAUGUAACUGCUCAAGAUAUCAUCUUACCGCCUUAUGUAGAAAUCCUCGAUAAUACACAGCAUAUAGCUAGCUUGACGGAACCCAUUGAGUUGGUUAUUGGAUUACAGAUAGAGAAGAAUCGCGGAUAUCUUAUAAAAGCGCCAAAUACCUUUCAAGAUGGAAGUUAUCCUAUAGAUCCUGUAUUCAUGCCUGUUCGAAAUGCGAAUCAUAGUAUUCAUUCUUAUGAAAAUGGUAACAAAGAGAUACUAUUUCUCGAAAUAUGGACAAAUGGAAGUUUAACUCCUAAAGAAGCACUUUAUGAAGCCUCCCGGAAUUUGAUUGAUUUAUUGAUUCCCUUUUUACAUACCAAAGAAGAAAAUUUAAAUUUAGAGGGCAAUCAACACAUGGUUCCUUUACCCCCUUUUACCUUUUAUGAUAAAUUGGCUAAACUAACAAAAAAUAAAAAAAAAAUGGCGUUGAAAUCGAUUUUUAUUUACUUGUUUAUCGGAAUCCAAGUUAAAAUUAGACGAAUGGGGUUUUCUUUGUUGGCAUAA